UAGCUAGCUGGCCGUACGUUUCUGUCCAUUGCCAUUAUAAACGUGUCCUCGUCGCCAAUUCACCAUUAAUCCAUCGCUUCCCACUCCUCGUCUCGUCCUCGACCACGAUGGCGCGCGCAGCAAUGGCGAUCUCCUCCGGCGCGGCGGGCCCGGCCGCCGUUGCGCCUCGACGCCGCAGGUCGACGCUGCUCCUGAUGGCGAACUACGCGGCGCUCCUCGUCGGGUCCGUGGCGUCCAGCCUGCUGUCCCGUUUCUACUUCGACCAUGGCGGCAAGAACAAGUGGGUGGUGACGCUGGUGCAGUCGGCCGGGUUCCCGGUGCUGGUGGCCGCCGUGUUCCUCGCCGGCCUCUCCCGUCCCGCCACCGCGCCGCGCCCGUUCCUGUGGUUCUCGCGCCGGUUCCUGGCCGUGUGCCUGGCCAUCGGCGCGCUCAUGGGCGUGAGCAACCUGCUCUUCGCCUACAGCACGUCGCUCCUGCCGGUGUCCACCUCGUCGCUGCUGCUGUCCAUGCAGCUCGCCUUCACGCUCAUCCUCGCCGUCGUCAUCGUCCGCCACCCGCUCACCUUCAACAACCUCAACGCCGUCGUGCUCAUGACCCUCUGCUCCGUGCUCCUCGCGCUCCGGUCGGGGGACGCCGGCGAGAGCCCGAAUCGGAGGGGAUACAUCGUGGGCUACGUCGUGACGCUUUGCGCGGCGGGGCUCUUCUCGGCGUACCUCCCCGUCAUGGAGCUCGUGUACCGGGAGGCGGUCUCCGGCGGGUUCAUCCUCGCGGUGGAGGUGCAGGCGGUGAUGCAGGCCAUGGCCACCGUGGAGGCGGCGGUCGGGCUGGCGGUUUCGCGCGGCUUCAGCGACGACGUGGCCCACUGGAAGGGGUCGCACGCCGUGUACUGGGUCGUGGUGGCGACGCUGGUGGUGACGUGGCAGGCGUGCUUCAUGGGCACCGCCGGCGUGAUCUACCUGACGUCGUCGCUGCACAGCGGCGUGUGCAUGGCGGCGGUGCUCACGGCCAACGUGAUCGGCGGCGUCGUGGUGUUCGGCGACCCGUUCGGUUCGGAGAAGGCCGUCGCCACCGCGCUCUGCGUCUGGGGUCUCUCAUCGUACCUCUACGGCGAGUACAGGAAGAACAAGAGGAGAGCCGCCGAUGGUCAGGACGAUGGCAAUACCCUCAUCAGCGCCGGCGACGACGACGGCGAGAGCGUGCACAAGAGCCUCACGGCCGCCGCCGGAGGCGGCACCGUCGGAACCGUUUGAACCAAGCGAGGUAGCGCCGGCCACAGGGGGUACGCACGAACCAUGUGAUCGAUAAGUACAGUACAUUGCAACAAUAAUAGCAAUGGAUGCUGAAAAUUUCUUGGUGUGUAGUACCCCGAGAAAGGAAAGUGCCAGGGUAGAUGAUGCAUUAGGUGUAGACGUGUCAUGUUGCAUUGAUAUAUUAGGCAAAAGAGUUAUAUUUACAGCUUCCAAUGAGACAAGAAUGCUAUCCUUGUUUGGUGGCUCUGCCUUGUGAGGUUAAGAAAAAGGUUCUCUUCAGGGUUUAGCAGAGCAUGGAUGCAUGCUAUGUUGCACGGGUGUGCCAAAAACUAGCACAUUAAUGUAGUAUCAUCAAGGCAUCAACAGGGACAUGUCAUCUACUCUCUCUGUUUUUGAAUAUAAGUCUUUCUAAUGGUUUCACUCA